ACACAUCUAUUCGUUAAAUGUAAGUUCUGUAAACAAUCGGAGGCCUGUAAUCCACAAUAAUCCACAAAUAACGAGUACGGUUUUCCCUGCCGUUAAUUGGAUUUUCAAAUCUUUUUCUAUGGAAAAAGGAUUCUUUGUACUCUACUUGACGCAAAGGAUACAAUACAACAAAAUCAAGUUUGCUUAAAAAAUAAUUCUUAGCAAUUUGUAAGAAAUUUCCUUUAUACAUAAUUCCAACUUGAACUUUGUCUAAUCAGAAUAUAACAGAAUCCAAACAAACUCGAUUCCAGCAUCAGUUCUCAGGAUUGUACUUCCAACCAGAUCUCCAGCUCUUUCAUCACCUAGUUUCCAUCAUGAUACAUCUAUCCUCAAGAGAGAAUAUCCUUACCCAAUGCAAUUAAGUGCACCAAGUGACCAGAGGUUGAAAACAAUAUGACCAUGUGAUCGUUGAUUUCAUCCUAAUGGAAUGAAACUGGCAACCGCGAGGGGUUGAACGGGGGUUGCUGCUGUAGUUUCGCGCAUGCUGUUUCUACCUGCCGGCAAGAGGGUUGGUUUUAGCCGGUAACGGCGACUGAUAGAGAGUACGUGCAGCCGGAGGAAAGGGUAGUUUCAUCCGGGCUUUAUAUAAGGGUAGGUACAGUUUGAAACUUAGUCAUAAACUGCUUUUGGUUGAUGCAUGUAGUCCGCUUCUUGCGCCACUUCGAAGAAAGGAACGUAAUCUAUCCGACGAUUAACGCGUUCAAUCGACACGUAGUGUUUGUUCAUUUGCUUUUUCCCCUUUUUCGUGUCGGUAGUAAAAAAAAAAAAAGAAAAAAAAACGGAAAAGUGUAGAAGUUUAAAGGCAGAGAAAUAUAGGAAGAAUGUCCUUGAAUCGUAGCACCGUGGACAAUGUCGUUUACGAUGCCGAGGAUCAAGUCAGUCCGAUGGUGUACGUCGCUGCAGCGAUCGCAUUGGGAUUUAUCGGAUUUUUUGGUUUCACCAUGAAUCUUCUGGUGGCGAUCGUGAUCGUCAAGGACGCGCAGAUACUGUGGACACCCGUCAACGUGAUCCUGGUUAAUCUUGUCGUUGGCGAUUUCCUGGUGGCUGCGUUUGGAAAUCCUGUUGCGAUGAUUUCUGCUAUCACAGGCGGAUGGUACUGGAGCUACGAAAUGUGCCUCUGCUACGCUUGGUUCAUGUCCACUCUGGGGUUCGCCAGUAUCGGCAACUUGACAGUAAUGGCCGUUGAAAGGUGGUUACUGGUAGCCAGACCGAUGAAAGCUCUGUCCAUAAGGCAUGCGAUAACGCUUGGAAUCUUCGUCUGGUUCUAUGCACUUUGCCUCUCUCUGCCACCACUAUUUGGCUGGGGUAGUUACGGUCCAGAGGCAGGAAACGUGUCUUGCAGCGUGUCCUGGGAAGUCCACGACCCUCUUACCAAAAGCGACAGCUACAUAGCAUUCCUCUUCGUGUUUGGUCUGAUCAUCCCCGUCUUGGUGAUCAGUAGCAGUUACGUGGCAAUUAUAGUGACCUUGAGAAAAGUGCGAAAGAGAGCAGGCGCAAGCGGAAGACGCGAGGCGAAGAUCACGAAAAUGGUUGCACUAAUGAUAACUGCCUUCCUGCUCGCCUGGUCGCCUUACGCUGCUCUUGCGAUCGCCGCACAAUAUUUCGACGCGAAGCCAUCGGCAUCGGUAGCUGUGCUUCCGGCGUUAUUGGCCAAAUCCUCCAUUUGCUACAACCCCAUAAUCUACGCAGGUUUAAACAGUCAAUUUCCCCGCUCCCUGAAGAAGAUCUUCGACGUACGAAUCGCGAGAUCCUCGUUACCAGACAGUCAAAACACCGCGUUGACGCUGUUGAACAGACAAGAGCAAAGGAACUGAGGGCUACUAUCUCUAUCGAACAACGCCAUAAAUGUCUGCAGCUAUGUAGAUGUUGGAUGAAUCGUGGAACCAUCGAAUAUAAGUCGUCUUAACAACGUGGUUCUUCCUUCUUGCCCCUUGGUUGUUUGCUUUCGCCUCUUUUCGUCCGCUGGAUUUGCUUAUCCGAUUACGGAUUCACGUACGUGAGCGGAUCUUUUGUUUUUGCGAUCGAAUUAGUCGUGAGAACAGCGUUGAAUUUUGCCGGGAUACGCUAAACGUUCUUUCGUUUCGAUGCGAGGAUCUUAACACCUGGUGGAAGUUUCGAAGAUCGCGGUGAAAAGCAAACGAUACGCGUUCUUUUCCUUUGUUUUCCAGUAUUUUCGUUUGCUUUUUGCAGUCUUCGUGGCUCUCGCACGUUGCCAUGUGUUAAUUGAUGCGUGAAUUUUUUUGGCUGCUUGCUCCCACCGGUGAACGUCGCAGUGUGUCUCUCGAAGAUCGAUCGUGUAAUGAAACAUGCGAAUAAGAAAAAUUGAAUUUCAUUACGGUUUGGUUUCGCGCAGCGUGACAUUCUUUAUCGACAUCAUUCGCAGCAGGUAGUUUGAAUGUAUUUUGGCGCGGGUAAAUUGCUAAAAUACCGAACAAAAGAAACACCGAAGAUUCGAGUAGAGUAAGAUAGAAUUAUUUGAGUUAGAAGGAUAUUCAUUCGAGUCAAAUGUCACAAUGAACAAUUUUCAAGCAAGCCACGUUUCAACAUAUUCGACUUGUUAAUCGCGCGAUAAACGAGAAGAGGGAUGAUCGUAAUGUCAGCGAGAGAAACAAUAAGAAUCUUGAUUAAACUUCAUUUAAAAUCUGUAUUACACGCGACAUGUUUUAAGUCCAUAAAAUGAGAAUUGGUCGUAAAUUAAAACCAAUUUGGGAGGAAAAAGCAAAGCUUGGAGCAACGACGCAAUUACGUUAUUCAUUAAGUACCGAUCGUAAAGCAGACGUAUCGUUAUAAUUUACAAAUAAAAAUAGCCAAUAAACAAUCAUAUCUCUCUGUUCUCCAUUGAAAGAGACUCUACGCUCGUAGAAUAGCGAUAGUUGCGCUGUUAUUCUUUCUAAUUCCUCUUGCGAGUUCCAGUCGCGAUGGAAUCAUUAUGGAUGGCUUUGCGAAGUAUCUGUAUUACGAUUCGUAACACGUGCGAUUAUGGCAAGAUAGCGAAAGUGAAAUCGCGAGGAAAAUUCAACGUCGCUAAUCAAACCUUUUUUGAAGCAACUGCGUACGAUGCGAUUGACCCAUCCAGAUAUGUAAUUUCAAAUUCAAUCAGAAAUCCUAAUCGCAGUUAUAUCUGCACGCUCUCCCAUAUCGUCGUUAUUUUUCUUCAAAUAUAAUUACGUUAAAUUAAAUUCAAUUAAAUUAUAAUCGUGGCGAAAGAACAUACAGUAGUUCACGAAAGUAAUCGAAUUAAUUUAAGUUUAAUAUCGCGUGUCACGUAAAACAUUUUGAAAUUUCGCUGGCAUCGUGAGAUACGGAUAUCGUGAUUAUAUUGGUAAAUUUUGAGACAAAUGUAAAAACGUACACGGAAAGUACACAAGAUGUUUAAUGCAAGCACGCGUGUAUCUUUUAGAAAUUACAAAACAGCCGAAUAAGCCUCGAUAUUCGGUAGGAUCGUUUGACAUUUAUUAUACGCCCAACAUGAUUAUUUAUGCUGUAUACUAAUCUUUUGCUAAAUAUAUAUUUGCGACAAAUUGAUUUGACAAAUUUCCAGAUUGAUUUGAAAUUUUAUUAAUACAACGAAGGUAGUCGUUACAACGUUAAUAAAAUUCCAAAAUGUUUUCUACAACGUAAAAGUUCUACAUAAAAGUUUCCUGCAGCGAGCGUUCACAUAUUCUACGCUUACGUACGUAGUACGCAGUUUACGAAGACACCGCAGAUGAUGGAAGAAAAGGAUUUUUCCCUGGCAUUUUCUGAAAACGCGCGUUCCGAUAUUCCACGACUGAGACUACGAUAGAUAAUUGUCUUGUUGGUUGAUCGUAUCGAUGCGACUAUGGCAAGAUAGCGAAAACAGGACUAGGAUUUCCAUUAAUCGAGCGUGUAACGACUCGAGCGAAGAGUGAAAAGGAAUGAAUGGAUACCGUGCGUAAUCUGUCUGUGAACGUUUUCACAAGAACGAUCGGUAUUACGCAACGAUAAUUGGCCAGAGUCUCGCGACUAUGAAGAUUCGUUCGAGACGACGAGUUGCACGGCCAGCCGUGAGACAGGUUUCGAAUAAAAGCAAAAGCCACGGCGAAAUGGGACACUGGAUCUUGGUUUUUUUAUUGCCACAUCCUUAGCACGUGAUCGUAAUACUUCAUCGAUGGCCAAAGAAAAUCUUGGCAACUGCUACACGUGCUCGUCGUCUGAGAAAGAGAAGAAUAGGAAUCGUGGGAUUAACGAACGAGGAACUAUUUGUUCCGGAAGCUUUAUCGCGCACAACAAUUUUACACAGAAGCUUACAAAUUUUGAAUUUUCUCUAUUGUUUGUUGCUUUUCGUCUUUCGAUAAGAGAAACGAUAUUUUUUCGUGGUUGAUCUUCUCUUAAUUUUAUUAAAUAACAAAUAAAUCCGAUCGUACCGUGCAACGUUCGAUGCUAAGUUUUCAGCUGAUUCAAAUAAUCCUACCCCGUGUUGAAUUUUCUACGAAUGAAAUUCCUAUCUUGCGAAGUCGGUUUUAUUUAUCGUAUCUUUAACGCAUAAAGUUUUCCUCGAUUUACCAUCGAAAAUUUGUAUAAUAAGAAACAACUAACCGUAACUAUUUUGCGAAAUAUAUUUUUAGUAUUCUUUCACGGAUCGAAGGCGUAGAAACUAGAUAUUUUUGUAGGAAAGCGCGUUGCGAGUUAAAGAACGAUCGCAUCGGGUCAGUGCACAGUACGUACGGCAUUGGAAUGAGAAUUGGAGACAAAAAUCAGAAUUCGCUGAUCACAUUCGUUCGCACGUUCGCAGAUCGGAUACACGAGUAAUCGCGUUAGAUUUUGAGGUAGAAACGAUUUUUACUAACUUCCGUCGAUCUUUGGGAAAAUUACUGUCUACAAUUCUAUCGCUUAUUUACAGACUGAUGAUAUCGUCGUACAAUAAGAUCGAAAUCGGACGAUUAUUUCGAUUUUUAUCCACCGCAUACCGCAUUGUACGGCGUAACGAUUGGAACCAGAUCCGAAUGCGGAUGAAGCCAAAAAGAAUUAAAAAAUGAUAGCUUCGAAAGGAGCGUUUGCGAUAUAAACGUUAGUCGAGGCAAGUGGCCUUUUUUUAGAUUAAAGACUCGUUUUCGACGAGAAACCUGCUUCGAACAGCAGUGUCGAUCCUUUAGGGAAGCGAUUUUUUCGAGAGUGGAUGCAAGGAUAAAAGUUACAAUUAAACACGAAAACAUGCGAGAAGAGUUGAAUGGAAAGAGGUAGUUGAUGAGAGGAAUCGAUAAGUUUCUAUGUUCAAUCGGAUAAUCGUUUCAUUCUGUUAAGAAAAAAUUAGUCUACGUUGUUUAAAAGGGCAAGUAACUUUAUGGAAAAAGAAGCAAAUGGAUGAAAUAAAGGAGAAAUAAUUUUCUCGAACAAAAGCAUCAAAUCGUGCAUAAGAAAUAUUCCGUAUUCACCAUUAAAAUAUAUCAUCACCGUUGUAACGAGUCUUCCACGAAUUUUGUAUCAAAUCCUCUCCUGUUCCGCCAAACGAUUUAUAGAAAAAUACUUGACUAUUUCGUAACGAAUCGUCUUCAAUAGGAGCAAUUCGUUUUAACCAAAAGAACAGGUACAAUUUGCCGUUUCGACGGGACGGCCAUAAAACGCGAAGAAUUACCCGCAGAAAAGGUCUUCGUUGUCAACGAGCCAGAAUCUCUCUUGAACGAAAGAAGAAGAACGAAUUUUUUCGAUAGGGAUACUUUCAUUUGCUGACAUUUAAAUCUUACGUGGGACGAGUUAACCAAAUCGAUGGGGAAGCAAUUAGGAUAGAAGAAAAGAGGCAGAAGAAUGGCGAACGAAUCGAACGGUGAAUCUGACGUAGCUUCUGAAAUCUGAGUUGUUGAAAAUAGGAUCCACGUUAAGAGACGCGGGUUUCUAUUCUUUCGUUGAACAAGGCCAUAAACUUGACAAAUGAAAGGCGAUUUCAGAGCAAGUGUAAUUUACCGAUAUAAAUGGCUGUGAAAGGAACUUACCGAGUGGACCACGGAAAAGAUCGCACUGCGACUUGAUCGAUCGCUAGAAAUCCAAUGGUAAAUUGUGGCCAAUUCGAUUCGAUUCGAUAUACGACAGUCUUGUUAGUUAUUUCAUCACGAAAGGAAGAAAUAAGAAAUAUUUCGUGUUUUUUGGUGGAUCGAUUCGGUUGAUUGAAUUGUUACAAAGCAACGUAGAUUGUUAUAGCUUUGGAAUAUACAGCGAAUUCAAAGUUUCAAGGAUAUAUUACGCGACUAAUACACGGACGCGUUAUACAGUACGUUAUUUUACGUUAUUCUCUUAUGCUGUUAGGUUGCACCUUUUAAGAAACGACAGAUUAUGCGUAGUAAGUUCGCAGAUCGAAGUCAGAAAUAUUGGUUUGGCAACUAAGUAGUGCCAAUACUUACUAAUAAUUGCGAAAGAGAACGAUCUGGUUUCUGCGACUGUUCGAUUAAUCCGCGUCACCUCUUUUCGAAAAUAUGACAUUUAUCGUUUAAUUAGUCGAUUAAUUCGCCUGUAAUACUCUGCUGAGAUUUAUGUUACAAGGAUCUAUAUUCUCCUAGAGCAGGUAAACCAGUUUUGCCUGCAAGAUUUACCAAGUGUCGAGAAUUCUCAGGUAAUAAAAACAUGGAGCGCGUGCUUUCAACUUGGAGCAACUCGUAACAGCUUAAAAAAGCAAGUCUCGUUGAAGAAACGUGUGGCGCAGCCCUACGCUUCCGUUCAAGAAGUGGUCUCAAUAAAACUUUUGCUUAUAUAAAAGUAGAUGAGAACGUAAACCAUUAAAAGAGUCAGAAAGUUGAUUUUCAUCUUCUUCAGAGGAAUAACGUGGAGUAAGAAUGAAAAAUAAAAACAAAGUGGUUGGCGAGCGUGACUUUUAAGGAAUUUUUCCUCGUCGAAUCCUUGAAACUUACGCAAAUAUUUUAUAGCACGCAUUUUUAUGUACGCGCGAUUUAAUAGCACGAGGAUGUUUUUCUACUUGAGACACGCAUCGAUCGUGAAAGAAAUCGAUAUGCACGGUACGUGUAAUACGCGGUGGUUUCGAUAUGGGACGGGCCACAGUGCAGCGAACUGUUCCGAUAGCAAAUCGGUCGCGAACGAGUAACGGUACCGAACCAGUGAAAUUUGUCCUAAUUCUUUAUUUCGCCACGAUUCGCAAAACGCUAUCUCAUGCUUGAUACGUUCUAUAAAAUAGUUUCUUUUCUGUCGCGUAUAAAAAUUUCUACGUUUCAUAAUUUUUGAUCGAAAGUUUCUAGGUCUCGCUCAUUUAACAUUCGUAAUCGUUGCUCUCGAUAUAAGAAUAGGAAAAUGUAGGUAAAUGUAAGAAGAUCGCAGGCGAACUCGUAGCAAUUACAUGUUUGUUUGUUCUAAUGUUACUUCGCGACUAGAAAAGAAUAUCUUGAUAUAAAAAUACGUUCGUCGCAUUUGACAAUACUAUUGCUACGUUCUUGUCGUUUAAAUUGAAUUUUAUCUGAAAACGAUAUUUCUCUCUGGAUUCCUACGUCUCUGUCGCUUGAAUUGAACGCGGUAAAAGUAUCGAGAGGUCGAAUUAUUUCAAAAUGAUAUGCACCAGCAGUUUCCUACCUUCUUAUUUCUUGAAUUGAAUUUAAUAAAACUUGUACGACAUCGAAUUGGCACCUGUGCGAUUUCCUAUAUUGCUGUUGCUGCGACGUUGAUAAAAAGCCUGAUGAUCGCUCGAAACUGCGAUUAGAUUAGAUUAGAUUAAAAUUGUUAAAAGUGAAAUUAAACGACCAGAUAUUCGAAAUCACUUAUUUCGUUUCUGCUUUAUAUCUAAUACGUUCUGCUAAACGGAACCAAGUAUUUUACAAUGCUUCGAACGGUGAUAUAAAUCGUUAAAAAUACCAGUUAAGGUAAAUGGAAAGUAAAUAAAAAUAUUUGAAUCGCGAAUACUUGACGUUUUACUUCCAAUGAUACGAGAGCGUUCCAAUUAUUUCGACCGUCUGGCACAGGUAAAAAUAAUUCGACCCGGUCUCGAAGAAAAGAAAAUUAUAAAAGAGAAACUCGAGUCCUUCGAGACUUGAAACAAGCGUUCAAGUUUCUGGGUGUCCUGGUUUAUCCUCCUAUCGAUAAAUUCGUUCGCACAAACGUAUGAUUAUUAUUCGCGAUUAUUCGUAUAGCGGAACAUUCCUUGUACAAAUUCCAAUUACUCAAACGAACGCAACAAGUCAACAUGGAUCUAGUUUCUUAUCAAUCGUGAUCUUACCGGCCACGAUCAUAUUCCACGUAUUUGUAUCGGUUUAAAACGUGAUUAUGCAACUUGGAAAAACUCUAGGAAUUUUUCUUUUCCACUUGAGCGUUACACGUUUCGUUUUGCGAUUAUACGUUGUCUCUGCUAAUUUAUAAUAAGCUUGUCGCUAUUGCGUUAGAGAUUAUAAAAGGAAUACAGCGUUCUUCGAUCCUGGAAACAAUUUUGUUUUCUUAUUGUACACAGAUCGCGGAUCGUUGGGCUUCGAAAAUUAUAAAUCUCAGAGGUUUAAUUUCGGUUUAUCGGUUGACGUCAAAAAGGAAAUAGAAAGUAAGAACUUUUGGAAAUCGUAGGAGGCGGCGGUAGAAUUUUAUUUUAGCUUCAAAAUUCGCAACCCACGGAGAUUUGUUUCUUCGCUUUUGCCUUUAAAGAGUCGUCAGAUCUGCCUGAAGCAAAUUGAUAGAUCGUCCGGAAAGUUUCUUUCGUUUAAUAAGCAAAUAAUAGAUGCGCAACAUUUUAUAUUAUUUUAUCGAAUUACGUACGAUCCAUUUUCUUCUAUCAAAAUGAAAAUCACAACGUUCGACGGAUUAAGCUUCAUGUUUGUAUAAAGAUGCGUUGUUGUAAAGAACGUGUAAGUUGUAAAGAUUUUACACCGUGUGACACAGUUUGACACUUGUAACGGGUAGACUAUCAAACAUUCCUUUCUGACAGACCCAUUAUUUGCUGAAUACAUUCUCACCGAUCCCACACAAAUCACCAUAUUAAUUCGUCCAGUCAUCGUGGUAAAAAAUUGCCGUUACUCUAUUGCACAAUCGCAUCUUAAGAUUUACUCGUCAAAUCUUCAACUUUCACUUGUAAGUAUCGUCCACUUCGUUGAUACUACUCGUUCAUCUUCGAAGAGAAUUUGUGGCCUCGAAACGACCAGCCGUUCAAUUAAUCAUCGUGCUCUGUCGUUUAAAUUGUAAAGCAACUUCUACGAGCAACUAUCGAAGGAAGGUUGCAGCGAUUUUGUUUCGAAGAUUCCACAGCGACGAAAAGAUAAUAUUCGCGAUGACAGAAGCCGCAUAUAAACGUCGGAAAUACCUGCGAUAUUCGUACAUCAAUAAUAUCUGCAAGCGUAAACGAUCAGAGAGAUGUACUUCUGUUUGCCAUCGACUUAAUCUUAGAGCGCAAACGUGUUAUUCUUCGCGAUAUUUACAAUUGAUAAAUUACUUCCGUUUGUCGUACAAAUAGUACGUUCCGUCGUCGAAUAUUAAUGAAAUAAAACGUGAAAUAAUCGAUCAGAGGUAAAAUGAAAUAAAAUAUCGCAUCGUGAAAAAGAACGAUGCAGAGACAAAGUUUUUUAAAUUAUACAUUUUAAAUGGAAUCGUAAUUUUAAUAAAAGCGUUUUGUUUCGCAUGUUUAGCGAGAUAUCGAAUAAUAAUGUACGAUAAAUGAUAUUAAAACGAAGAUCAAAGAUGAACGUUCUUGACAUUUAACGAACAUUGAUACUGUAAAGUGUAACAAGAUCUGGAAACGGUAUGAACAACUGUUCGAAAGUAUAGAAAGUAUAUUGGAAUUAAAAGAAACUGUUUCGCCGAAGGGGUAGAAUUUUAUAAAGAAUAUGCAAUUAGGAUAGCAGAGCGAAUCGUCGUCGUAAAAUGUAACGGAUAUUACGUUACUACUUAAUGAUGGUAAUAAUGAUUAACGAAGACGCUCCUAAACGAGCUCGGAUAAUCUUUCAGUAAAUUGUUCUUUUAUCGUGUUUAUUAUCGAUAUUCUUUAUUCUCUGAUAUUAAAUGUAAAUUAUAAAUAAACGAGAUGAGAAGCUAGUGAUCAACGAGAAGAGCUCCUAUGUACUUAUACGUUGUCUCUACUAAUUUAUAAUAAACUUGUCGUUAUUCUGUUGGAGAUAAUAAAAAAGAAUACAGCGUU